AUGCAUUCUGAAGAUGAAAAGAAGCAGAAGCGUACUGCAGAUGGAAAUAGUCAUGAGAUCACUGCAUCCAGUCAGGGUAUUGAAUCUGAAGACAAACAAAAGGAAAAGAAGAAGAACAAGAAAGCAGAAAAGGCUAGGAUGGUUAGCCCACUUACACUGUUUCGAUACUCCAAUUGGUCAGAUAAAUUACUAAUGAUACUAGGCACUCUCCUGGCCAUAGCCCAUGGAAGCAGUCUCCCUAUUACGAUGGUAAUUUUUGGUGCCAUGACUGAUAGCUUUGUUGCUUCUGGAGACUCAGGUUUUCCAGAAAACAUUUCUGCAGUGAAUUCCUCUUUAGAUUUUCUUGGCAAGCUGGAAGAAGAUAUGACAAGAUAUGCAUACUACUAUUCUGCAAUAGCAGCUGGUGUUCUUCUUGCUGCUUAUAUCCAAACUUCAUUUUGGACCCUAGCAGCAGGCCGGCAAAUAAAAAAAAUUAGAGAAAAUUUUUUCCAUGCAAUUAUGAGACAGGAAAUUGGAUGGUUUGAUGUAAAUGAUGUGGGAGAACUUAACACUCGUCUUCUAGAUGAUGUCUCCAAGAUUAAUGAAGGAAUAGGUGACAAAAUUGGAUUGCUUGUUCAAUCAAUAACAACAUUUGUAACAGGAUUUAUUGUUGGUCUCAUAAGAGGAUGGAAAUUAACCCUUGUCAUACUAGCUGUCAGUCCUGUCCUGGGACUUUCAGCAGCAAUCUGGGCAAAGGUUCUCUCUGCUUUCACUGACAAAGAGCAAGCUGCAUAUGCAAAAGCAGGUGCUGUUGCAGAGGAAGUUCUGGCAGCAGUCCGUACUGUAAUAGCUUUUGGAGGACAGGAAAAAGAAAUUAAAAGAUACCAUAAAAAUUUAGAAUAUGCUAAACGGAUUGGAAUAAAAAAGGCUAUUACAGCUAAUAUUUCUAUGGGUUUUGCUUUCUUACUGAUAUACGCAUCAUAUGCGCUGGCCUUCUGGUAUGGAACCACCUUGGUCUUAACUGAUGCUUACACUAUUGGCAAUGUUCUUACAGUCUUUUUCUCUGUAUUGAUUGGAGCUUUUAGUAUUGGACAGACUGCUCCAAGCAUAGAGGCAUUUGCUAGUGCAAGAGGAGCUGCCUAUGCAAUCUUCAAUAUCAUAGACAAUGAACCUCAAAUUGACAGUUAUUCAGAGACAGGUUACAAGCCAGACCACAUUAAAGGGAACUUGGAAUUCCAAAAUGUUUACUUCAAUUAUCCAUCCAGACCAGAUGUUGAGAUACUGAAGGGCUUGAAUCUCAAGGUUAGUUGUGGCCAGACAGUGGCCCUGGUUGGUGGCAGUGGCUGUGGGAAAAGUACAACUGUUCAGCUCAUCCAGAGAUUUUACGAUCCCAGGGAAGGCACGGUUACCAUUGAUGGGCAGGAUAUUAAGAGCUUAAACGUAAGGUAUCUGCGGGAGAUUAUUGGUGUGGUGAAUCAGGAGCCCGUGCUCUUUGCUACUACUAUUGCAGAAAAUAUUCGUUAUGGCCGUGAGGACGUCACCAUGCAAGAGAUUGAAAAAGCUACCAAGGAAGCGAAUGCUUAUGACUUCAUCAUGAACCUACCCAACAAGUUUGAAACUGUGGUUGGAGAAAGAGGGGCACAGCUGAGCGGAGGCCAGAAGCAAAGAAUAGCAAUUGCCAGAGCUCUGGUUCGCAAUCCUAAAAUUCUUCUGCUUGAUGAGGCAACAUCAGCUUUGGAUACUGAGAGUGAAGCAGUUGUGCAGGCAGCACUGGACAAG